AUGAACAUUCCGCAGGACAAGUGCUGGCGUCUUUUCUGUGCCAACAAGUACUAUUAUCUGCUUGCGAGCACCUACGGAAGUGAGCAACACUUCCAUUAUCGCUCAGAAAAGUGAAUUCAGAAGUGGACACUGCAAUCAAAUUCUCCGCGUUUCUGUUCAUGAUGCUCCAUUGGAUCAUGUGGGGAUUCGUGUGCGCCUACGCGUAUAUCAUCUCCGUCGGAUUGACGAUGGCGAUGAGAAUGGUGAGUACCGUACCCUCUAAUCAACAGUACCCCUUUUCCCUCUUUUCCAGUUCCAAAAGACCGAUUCUGAGUCGCGGCGACGUUUGAGUUGGUUCACGCUGAAAGCGCGUUGGCGGAAGUACUUCAACUGUCGAGAAGAGUCCAUCUGGCACGUCUUUCUGCUCCCAGUGUCCCGGCCGAUCGUCGUCUAUCAAGAGUACAAGGCGAUGGUCGUUUGA